CGGGAGCUACUGACGGCAUGGGGGCGGGGCUUGCGCCCGGUUCACCAAUCCGCACGGUGCGGAGGAGAAGGGGCGGGCGCGGCUCACGCACUGCGGACCCGAGACCGAGUCGGAGACGCGCAGGGCCGCGACGAUGGCGACAGCGAUGGCUGCGAGUGCGGCGGAACGGGCUGUACUGGAGGAGGAGUUCCGCUGGCUGCUGCACGCCGAGGUGCACGCUGUGCUGAGACAGCUGCAGGACAUCCUCAAGGAGGCCUCUCUCCGAUUCACUCUCCCAGGCUCAGGCACAGAAGGACCUGCCAAGCAAGAGAACUUCAUCCUGGGCAGCUGUAGCACAGACCAGGUGAAGGGUGUGCUGACUCUACAAGGGGAUGCCCUCAGCCAGGCGGAUGUGAACCUGAAGAUGCCACGGAACAACCAGCUACUGCACUUUGCCUUCCGGGAGGACAAGCAGUGGAAGCUGCAGCAGAUCCAGGAUGCCAGGAACCACGUGAGCCAAGCUAUUUACCUCCUCGCCAACCGGGAUGAGAGCUACCAGUUCAAGACAGGAGCUGAGGUGCUCAAGCUCAUGGAUGCCGUGAUGCUGCAGCUGACCAGAGCCCGGAACCGACUUACCACCCCAGCCACCCUUACCCUGCCCGAGAUUGCAGCCAGUGGCCUCACGCGGAUGUUUGCGCCCACUCUACCCUCCGACCUUCUGGUCAAUGUCUACAUCAACCUCAAUAAGCUGUGCCUCACUGUGUACCAGCUGCACACCUUGCAGCCCACCUCAACCAAGAACUUCCGCCCAGCUGGAGGCGCAGUGCUCCACAGCCCUGGGGCCAUGUUUGAGUGGGGUUCACAGCGCCUAGAGGUGAGCCACGUGCACAAGGUGGAGUGUGUGAUCCCCUGGCUCAAUGAUGCUCUGGUGUACUUCACCGUCUCCCUUCAGCUCUGCCAGCAGCUCAAGGAUAAGAUCUCCGUGUUUUCCAGCUACUGGAGCUACAGACCCUUCUAAGCAUGCUCCAGAAUCCCUCCUGAGGGCAGCCCUGGGCCUUGGCAUCUCCCUUCCCUGCACUUACUCCUCAUAGUGUCUGUCACAGCCACGCACCCUGAGUUAUGUCUCCUUCCUCCCCACCCUAUGACACAUUUGCACUGCUGGGAGUCAACACUAGAGACCCCUGGAGGAAGGGGCACUGGCUUGGUGUUUUGAUGGGGCAGUCCAGGAGGUGGGCUGAGGCAUGGCUAUGCUUCUUGUCCUGCCCUCCUGGACACCAUGGGAACCUUUGGACUCAGGAUGGGACCAGACCCAGGACUCUCCUCCCUCCCCAGGGGUCACUCAGCUCCCAUUAGAAGGUGAGAGGUGACAUUGAGCUGUGAGUUGCUGGGAAGAGGGACCUAGGCAGGGGGGAAACAGCCCCAUGAAUAAGCUAUACUACUGGAACUGUUUGUUCUGUGACCUCAGCCGAGUCCUCUGAAAAAUAAAGAUUAGAUUUCACCCGGAGU